AUGGACCCAUCACUCGAAAGUGAUACAUCGGAAAAAUGCGGAUACAUCAGAGCUAUCACCGAGCCUGAGCCUCAGCAGAAAGCGCCGCGGAAGAGGGGAAAGGCAGGCAAAGCUCGUAAGCCAGCCAAGAAGACGCCGGAUCCUGUGACCCCAGCUCAAUAUCCCAUACGCGUCUCCGAGUUUGUAGAGAUGGCUGAACACAUUGCUUCAUUUGAUCCCAAGAUCGAAGUCCCAGCUGCGCUACAAAAAGCACUCCUACUUUAUCACCGUUCUGAAAAGGCGGCAAAACUGCUGAAGCCUCUGAUACCAGAGACGCCAGUAGUUUCUGAGAACAUCAAGCUACAAAACAGGUUCGCCGGGCUUACGGUCGAAGAGACGGACCCACUGGACGAACUCAUCACCGAAGUUAAGGAGAAGUAA